AUGUCUAACUUGACCACUUCUGUGACUGAAUUUCUCCUUAUGGAGUUUUCUGACAUCAGAGAGCUGCAGAUCUUCUAUUCUUUGCUUUUCUUUCUCAUUUACUCAGCAGGCCUGAUGGGGAAUCUCCUCAUUGUCAUCAUCACUACCAUUGAUAGGAGACUCCACACCCCCAUGUACUUUUUCAUUAGGAAUCUGUCCAUCGUGGAUAUCUGCUUCAUAUCAAUAACUGUUCCAACAGCAUCCAUCAACUCCCUGGUAAACAACAGGGUUAUUUCAGUUACUGGAUGUGCAACUCAAAUAUUCAUGGUGAUGUUUAUAGCAUAUGUUGAGCUUACUUUGCUCACUGUCAUGGCCCGUGAUCGCUAUGUUGCCAUCUGCCAUCCACUUCUUUAUCCAGUGAUCAUGAACCCUCGUGCCUGUAUCCAGAUGACCUUAACCUGCUUGUUCACUGGCAUUUUGUAUGCAGGCUUCCAUACCGGCAACACAUUUCAGUUGUCUUUCUGCAAUUCCAAUGUGAUUCACAAAUUCUUUUGUGACGUCCCCUCUCUACUCAAGCUCUCUUGCUCAGAGAUAUUCAACAAUGUGGUAUCUUUACUUGUUUCUGCUCUGGUGAUUGGGAUUGCCUGCUUUGCCUUCAUCACUGCAUCUUAUAUUAGCAUAUUUUCUACAGUGCUCAGAUUUCCAGUGAAAGAAGAUCAAAGAAAAGCCUUCUCUACUUGUGUCCCUCAUAUUCUUGUAAUUUCUUUGUUCCUUAUUUCAGGCUAUUUCGUGUACCUACAACCACCUUCAGAUUCUGGAUCCAUUAAAGAUAUAAUCCUUUCAAUAUUCUAUGCUAUAGUACCGCCCUUACUGAACCCUCUCAUAUACAGUUUACGAAAUAAGCAGAUAAAACAGGCUGUAAGAGUAGUAAUGAAAAGAAAGCUUUUGUUCAUAAAUAAAGCAUAA